GGACUAUGGAAGUUCAAGCAAUGACAGUGGCAGUAACAUGGAAGAAUAUGUUCCUGAGAUAGAAUUUAGAGAGGAAAGUGUAAAGGAUAAGUGUAGAGGUGAGAGUAACAUUCAAAAAGCAGCGAAAUUACUUAAAGAAGUCUCUUUUAAUUGGUUUGCGUUUGUUGUCCUGCUACAAUCCAAAUUUCGCUCCGAAGACGAAUCAGUAGUUGACUCGUUAAUGAUUGAAAUUGCAUUGCUUUUACCAAAACUUGGAUUCAGCGAAGAGGAAGUUCAGUUAAUUGAGCAAUCACGUGCUGCUUAUCUGCAAGCAAUUGAACAAAGCGAAGAAAUUGUGCAAACUAUUUCACUCUCCUCUACUGAUUCAAGUUGCGAAGAAUCGGAAGAAGAGAACCUGAAACGACUAAAUCAUCAAGAAUCAAUUCAUAGUAAGCUACGAAAAAUAAAAGAUAAUAACAGAAAAAGAAUGUUUAAAGAAAUUCAGGGAAAACGAUUUCUUCGGAAGAGAAUAUCAAAGUCUACGAAAAGAAUAUUGGAUAAGUAUAAUGACAUUGGUGAAGUCAUCGAGAACAUCGUUGAGGAAAGUGAUGUAGGAGCUGAUCGUUGGCGCAGAACUGGUGUGUACACAUUUUCUGGGGAUAUUAAAUCAUCACAGCGCAUCACAUAUGGUAAAAUAAAAGAACUUCAAGAACAUUAUGGUAGACACUUCAGCUAUGGAUCAGUAGUUCAAUUAUGUGUACCAAAACAUAAACGACAUCGCUCAUCUAAACGGUACAGUGGUGUUGCCAAUGUCAAAUACAUGAGAGCGAGGAAAGGUUUUACAUUAAAGUUUAAUCCUGAUUGCAAGUGGAGUCGUUCCAUGUAUAAGUCUCUGAAUCAAUUACAAAAAGAUGGGAGCCACAUGUUGCUUGUCAAUAGAGAUGAUCAAGCUGGCUUUCGAUUAGACUCCACAUUUACCCAUAAAAACUUUCCUGUAUUAUCAGUGAAACCAACUCUUACUACCCGCCCUGACUUUCUUAAUAAAUAUCAAGCACAAUUGCAAGUUACAAGCUAUAACUUUUCAAAGACAUCCAACACAGUUGAACAGUGUGUUGGAGUGGUAAAAGCAUCUGGACUUCAUGAAAAAUCGCCAGCACAACACAGCGCAGAUCUGUCUGUUGUCGAAAAUAUGGAUGUGAUUGCAUCAGCAUUUCAUAAUACCAACAAGAAAGCUAAAGAAUUUGAGUGUAUUAGAGUUGAUGGUGCGACAGACGAGGGCCCUUCCCAUGCUGAAGUUCAAUUUAUGUGGUGCGAACGGCAUGUAAACAAGAAAACAAAGGUGACACUUGUAACAACCCGGUGCAGUGGUGACAGCUACCUCAAUCGUGUCGAGCUACAAAAUGGGUGUUUAAGUCGUGGGCAUUCAAACACAUUCAUUCCAUCGACUUUACAUGGUUCACCAUAUUCAGAUAAUGGAGAAUUUGACAAGAAAAAGCACGAAAAAAACAUGUCUGCUGCCAUUGAUCAAUACAUUAGUCGUGUUGAUGGAACGCCAUGUAUGAAUACUGUUAUUCAUUUGAUAAGGGGUGCAGAAAACCAUGAUUUCGUGUCACGGAGAAAUAAGCUAUUAAUAUUUCUGAAAGGAACUAAAAAAGAAAGGCUAAGUCUGAAAAACAAAAAUCCCAGUUUGUUUGACUAUUUUUCGGAAAUUUGGGACGUACGAAACAAUCAUAUGGAUAAAAGUUUGCCGGAAAAAUAUGUUUUUAUGCUGAGGUGUUGUGGUAAAUCAGGAUGCCCACAUCCACUGUGUCAGGAAGGUAAAAUAUCAAAGAGAAAUAAAUCUGAGAAAAUCAAUAAAUUUACGUUCAAACAACCAAAGUCAGCAGAAGGUAUUUCUACAUUUGGAGGCAGCUUUUGCAUUUGUGGUUCCUCUGAAGACACUAAGAGAUUUAUGAUAUGUUGUGAUCAAUGCGGACAGUGGUUACAUGGGGAUUGUGUAAAGACAACAGAGGAAGAAGCACAAAAUUUGGAGAAAUUUGUUUGUAGUGCCUGCAAAGAACAAGGUGGAAGAAAUCUACCGAUUCCCAUCUCCUGGUAUCCAGACGGACCAUCGUGUAGUUUUUUUCCUUACCCAGUUGCUGAUGCAAAGAGACCUUGGGGAGGGGAGGAUUGCAAAACAUGCACGGGAGAUUGCUAUGGGCAUUAUGUCACCAAUGUAUCAGAGCUGCUAAAUUUAUAUGCAGUUGGCAAAGCUAUAAGGAGCCCGCCGCCGUCUGAAAUACUGGCAGACUUUCACAAGAGUCACAGUGGCGGAUGUGUAGAGGAUGCUGACAUAAGCAUGCUUGCCAAGAAAUGUUUGCUGUCAACCGAGGAUGUCAACUUGUGGAUUCAGCACUUGACGCAAAUUUCUGUGAACAGGAAAAGAGGUGCUGGAAAAGCAAAAGCAGCAAGAGAAAAGCGGAGCAAGGGAAAGUAACAAGGGAACGAAUUUCUUUUACCACAUUUAUUUUUUAUAGGAUAUAUGUGUUAGUUUGUGUUAGUUUAAUAAAGUAUUAAAAAGUGUUC